GUCCGGCCAAACAGGUGGUAAUACAUACCCAGUUGGUUGCAUGAUUGAUCCUAGGUUUCAUGUCGAGUUAUCAAGACACUGUACAGGCUAAGAUCUUUAAGUUUAGUUCUGUCUGGAUACACUGCCAAGUCUAUCUGAUGGGGUGGGGAAACAUCUACAGAAGGCGCAUGAGAGUGUUCACAUUGGCUAUUGUAAUUUACAUGGAUUAUAAGGCUUUACAGCAGAGAGAGAAAUGGAUGAGCAAAACAAAAAGGGCUGAUCUAUGGCAGAAAGCACAUGAGCGUAAUGCAAAGCGUGUCCUUAAUUUAAUGAUAGCGUUGGAAGGUUUGUGGGUUAAACUUGGACAGUACUUAUCCACACGUGCUGAUGUGCUCCCUGAGCCCUAUAUAUGCCUUCUAAAGCAGUUACAGGACUCUCUUCCUCCGCGUCCCUUGGAAGAGGUUUGCCAGACUAUACAAAAAGAACUGGGGAAAUCCAUGGAUGAUCUCUUCUUAAAUUUUGACAAAAUACCUUUGGCAACAGCAUCGAUAGCACAAGUUCAUCGUGCAACUCUGACCAACGGGCAGGAGGUGGUUGUUAAAGUCCAACAUGAAGGCGUGAAGACAAUAAUAUUGGAGGACCUAAAAAAUGCGAAGUCAAUAGUUGACUGGAUAGCAUGGGCAGAACCACAAUAUAACUUCAACCCUAUGAUAGAUGAAUGGUGCAAAGAAUCUCCCAAGGAACUAGACUUCAACAAUGAGGCAGAAAAUACAAGGACAGUCUCUAGAAAUCUAGGAUGCAGUCACAAAUGUGAUGAAUAUGUGCCGGCCAAUCGGGUGGAUGUAUUGAUUCCGGAAGUUAUUCUGGCUAUACAUUUGGUUAUUGCUCGUGCUAAGCUAGAGGAUACCCUUAUGAUGUCAACAAGAUCUAAUGACACUAUUUACCCUCUAAGUCUAAGAGAUAGAACGGAUCCAAGUGGAUUGGUAUGGAUUAUAGUGCCAAGUGCAACGCCCCCAGACAUGACUCCCCAUGUGCGAUGCCCCCCGAUGCGACACCGCAGCUGCAAGCACCCAGUGCAACACCGCAACUGGGCGAAAUACAUCUCCAUCACAUUGGAAGUGAUAAAAUGGACUCUUCACCAUAGGUGGACAAGAGUGGAACCAAAAAAUUUUGGGGGCAACCUCAGCAAGACUCGCUACCCCCGCUGCAGGAGUCAUAUUCUCAACCUAUUGGACACCAUUGUUCGACUGACCUACUGGACUAAGAGGAGGGGUCUCCACCUAGGGACCGGGCAGUAUGACCCUCCUCAAGGAAGAACUGAGCAAUGA